GAGCCGCCCCCUUCCAUUCCGCCGCAGAGCUGCGAGGGAGCGGUCGCGGAGCGCGCACGGCAGCGAGGCGCCAUGUCUGGCCGUGGCAAGAGCGGCGGUAAGGCCCGAGCUAAGGCCAAAUCCCGUUCGUCCCGGGCCGGGCUGCAGUUCCCCGUCGGGCGCGUCCACCGGCUGCUGCGGCGCGGGCACUACGCGGAGCGGGUCGGGGCCGGCGCCCCGGUAUACCUGGCGGCCGUGCUGGAGUACCUGACGGCCGAGAUCCUGGAGCUGGCGGGCAACGCGGCCCGCGACAACAAGAAGACGCGAAUCAUCCCCCGGCACCUGCAGCUGGCCGUGCGCAACGACGAGGAGCUCAACAAGCUGCUGGGAGGCGUCACCAUCGCGCAGGGCGGCGUCCUGCCCAACAUCCAGGCCGUGCUGCUGCCCAAGAAGACGGGAGGAGGCAGCGCCGGCCCCACCAAGGCCGGCAAGAAGGGCGGGCAGCAGUCGCAGGAGUAUUAAGCCGCCCUCCCCCCCCCCCCCCGCACCACACAAAGGCCCUUUUCAGGGCCACCCCAUUGCUCACCGGGAGAGCUGCGAUCUGAAGGGGUGGGGGGGGAGCCGCGGCGCUGUCCCGCCGGGGUUUGGAAGGGGGCAGGGGGCGAGUGGAGCCGCCUGCAGCCCUCCCGGCCGCUGGCCGGCGCUGCGGAGCUGCGAGGAACGGGUCCGGGGGGCUCCAGGAAGCACUGGCAGACGCCACGUGCGGGCAGGCAGCCGGAAAAAGGGCAAUAAAGGCUCCCGAAACGCUCCUUCAGUCACAAAACAGGAGGUGCUCCAUAAAGACACUUACUCUUGGGUGCUGACUUUGGCUGUAUUUAUCUGCUGUUGCAUUCAGUGGACAGUACACCGAGAAUAAACCAUGCUUUGUUUCCAGAA